AUGGCCAAAACAACCGUUUUGAUCACAGGCUGUUCCGAUGGCGGCCUUGGUUCAACCCUCGCCCUUGCCCUCCACAAGACAGGUCAUUUCCGCGUCUUCGCAACCGCCCGCAACCUCUCUAAACUCUCCGACGUCAAAGCCGUUGAAAUCGAGACUCUGUCUCUGGACGUGCUCUCCACGCCGUCUAUCGAAGCAUGCGCCUCUGAGGUCCGCGCCCUCACUGAUGGAACUCUGGACAUGCUCGUCAAUAAUGCUGGCGCCGGCUACUUCGGCGCCUUGGUCGACACAUCCCUCAGCGAUGCCAGGGCUCUCUUUGAUCUGAACGUCUGGUCCGGAUUGGCCAUGAUCCAGGCAUUUCUUCCCCUACUCUUGCGCUCCCAACGCCCCGGCGGUGCCGUGAUCGUCAACCACACUUCUGUCUCGUCCGUGAUGGCCCCGCCGUUCGUCGCACUCUACGGCGCGUCCAAGGCCGCUAUGGCCACGUUGACGGUCUCCUUACGCAACGAGCUGCGCCCGUUCGGCGUGCGCGUUAUCGACCUCAAGUCGGGGAGUACAAAGAGCAAUAUCGGCGCCAACAAGGCCAACGGGACUGCCGGGGUUCCGGACAAGUCAUUGUACUACGCGGCGCGGGCAUGGCUGAACGAGCUGUACACUGGAUCGCCGUUCGAGGACCAGGCCAUCGAUUCCGAAGUGUGGGCGAAGAAGGUUGUCGCGAGUUUGGAGAAGAAAGAGCCGCCGAAUACGAUUUGGGUCGGCGCGUUCGCGUGGACGGUCUGGUUCGCGUCGAACUUUUUGCCGAGUAGUGUGGCGGAGAAGUUGGCAAGGGAUGCGAGUGGUGUGGAUAAGGUCGAGAGGAGUAUCAAGGAGUAUGGACGGGACAAGGCGAUUGAUGAUGCGUAUGGCAAGAAGUAG